CGCCGGGCGACCCCUUGGUUGCCAUGGCUUCUCGGUCCAGCUGCGGCUCGUCCGAGGCAACCCAGCUAGGCACCCGCUAGCUUCGCAGCGAUACGGACGGGGAAAGCGGAAGGAAUCCGGCGCGGUGGGUCCGGAACCGCGGUGUGCGUGGAGCACGGGAGCCCCGAGGGCGGCGGGGCAGCCCGAGAGGCGUUUUCUUCCGCGUUAACGAGUCUAGCUCAUCUCCCCAAACCCACUCCCACUGCUCUGUGAGUAAAGGGUCCUCGGCAUCUCCGUUUUAUUGGUGAGUUAACAAGCUUGAAGAAGUGAGCAGCCAGCCGGCGGGGAAGAAUGGCAGUGAGCCACUCAGUGAAGGAGCGGACCAUCUCCGAGAACAGCCUGAUCAUCCUGCUACAGGGCCUCCAGGGCCAGGUAACCACUGUGGACCUGCGGGAUGAGAGCGUGGCCCACGGACGCAUAGACAAUGUUGACGCUUUCAUGAACAUCCGCCUGGCCAGCGUCACCUACACCGACCGUUGGGGGCAUCAGGUUGAGCUGGAUGACCUCUUUGUGACAGGCCGUAAUGUCCGUUACGUUCACAUCCCAGAUGACGUGAACAUCACCGCAACCAUCAAGCACCAGUUGCAGGCCAUCCACCGGGUGCGCAACUUUGGUAGCAAGGGCCAAGGCCGGCGGGAAUUUCCCUCCAAAAACCGUAAAUGAGGCUGUCCUCUUGGCAAGCUCCAGCCCCAACUCAGGUAUCUCCAAUGUUCUCCUGAGCCAACUCCCUGCCAAUCCUCCCUGCCCAGAACCUGGGAAGGGAGCAGGGCCAGCCUAGAAACUGGUGUCCAACAGACACCUUCUCUCACAGCUGCCUUUCACAAGGUUCCACCUCCCAGACUCAACCUGAGACCGAGAAUCUUGUCUGUGGCCUUGGAGUAGGUGACAAUCCCCCUUUUUGAUGGUUUGCAUCUGAAUCUCUGAUUUGCUGAUUUAGGGAAUCUGUCAAAUAGUUUUCAACUCUCCCAGUGAGAAUUAUUAAAUGCUUAGCCUGAGCCA